UGUGACCAUUUCUUUGCAUAAAGACAAAGACUUCGUAUAAAAUUUGAUAUUCAUGUCAUGACCACAGAACUCUCCACUUCGUGAUAACACAUUUGUAGCCAUAUCACCUGGAUGUGUUCGUAUGCAGCUUAGAGUAGGGGAAACACCAUGUCUGCUUUAGAGAAAAUGGUCAAUAACAAGGAAUCCGCAACGAAAACUGUACUAGUAGUACCUGGGGAACUCUCGACACCGGGUAUGGCAAGUCAAAAUAUUUACACCCAGAUACUGGACACUACUGAAAUAACAUAUUCGGAAGACCUCGAAAAAGAAACAGCAGUAACAGUUACAAUCAACGAUGGCGAAAUGGUCCCGGUAUCAGAAACGAAAACAACAGAAAGGCAGAAGUUUUCCGAAUGCAUAGCAACGUACACAGCACCGGUAACCAAGGCGACCAAAGUCAUCUUUCCAGCAUUAUUUCUGGCGUAUGUUGGAUAUUGUAUGACAGUAGAAUUCGGCUCUGAAAACUCUUUAAGACUUCUGAUUGGAACAAUACUGUGGUAUCUCCUCCUAUCGUGGAAUCUGAUUAAAAAGUGGAAAUGGUUUGCAAACAUCUAUGCUGAUCUACGGCAGGUUAAAUGUCAGGGUAGAAUGCAACUGAAGAUCAGAAAAUAUAUCCGAUGGGGACUGUACAUCACCAUGCUUGUGGUCGUUGGGUCUCUGGUUGGCACAUCUAUAGCGAAGGGAAACUUCAGGAAUUUGGUAUCUCUUGGAGGACUCAUCGUUUUCCUGUUGCUGCUAUACGUUACCUCCGUGGACCGCUCUAAUAUAUCCUGGCACAGCGUUUUCUGGGGAUUCGGGAUUCAGUUUACUCUAGCUAUUCUCGUGCUGUACACAAGUGGCGGGAAAGAUGCGGUCGUUUGGUGCAGCAGACGACUAACUGAAUUACUUGCUCAUUCCGCAAAAGGGUCAGAGUUCGUCUUUGGCAAAAAUUAUAAGCAAUUUUAUUUUGCCUUUGGUCUUUUACCGAAGGUUAUAUUCUUCGUUGCCAUGGUGAGGGUUUUGACCCACCUUGGUGUCCUCAGUUUCAUCAAUCGGAAUUUGGGAACCUUCCUAUCGUUUUGUACGGGAACGAGUAAUCCGGAGUCCAUAUGUGCAGCAGCCAAUGUAUUUGUUGGCGGGGGACAAGCUAUACUCUUCAUUAGGGAGUAUAUGGACUAUCUUACUGAGUCUGAGAUAUUUUGUGUGUUCGUGGGAGACCUUGCUUCCAUCGGUGGUGGUGCCGUGGUGCUGUACUCGGGGUAUGGGAUUCCGGUUCAGUAUUUGAUAUCGGCAUCAGUGUUGUCUGCACCCGCUGCCUUGGCCGCUGCUAAACUGAACUAUCCCUCGCCACCCUCCCUGCCGAAAACCGACGAGAACGUCAAGAAAGACAACAUUAUAAGAACGGAGUCUAACAUUCUCCAUGCUUUGUCAGCUGGUUCAAGACAGGGAUUGGCCUUCGUGGCAAGCAUCCUAGUCAAUGUAAUGGUUUUGUUAGCCGUGCUGGGCUUGGUCGAUACCGCUUUGGAAUGGUUUGGAGCCAGGGCUGGAAUUGAAAACUUAAAUUUUGAGACCAUUUCCUCCUACCUGUUUUAUCCGUUUGCUUUCCUGAUGGGUGUGGACGUGAGUGAUUGUUCCAGAGUCUCAAACCUUCUCGGACUAAGGAGCAUGAUAGAUUUGACCGUAGCUUACAUACGAAUGGGAGAAUACGUCCAGAACAAAGUGGCCUUUAAUGCAUAUUCAUCAUUAUUUAAUGAUACCGUAUUCUACCAGGACUCGUACGAUAUAGUUUUACCGCAGUGGAACCAAACUCUUGUGAAAGGUAUCUUAUCGGACCGUUCCGAAGUGAUCAGUGCCUACGCCUUAUGUGGAUUUGCCUCCUUGUCUUCCCUUGGUAUAAGUAUAGGAUCCAUAUCCGUCCUGGCCCCGAAAUACAUCGGAGCCGUCACCAAGUUCGCUCCCCGGGCAGUAAUAGUCGGUACCAUCGCAUGUUAUUUCACUGCAUGUGUGGCAGGUAUGAUAUACCAGGAGGAAUAGGGAGAGAAGCAAGCCAACGAUGUCUCUCCAUAUCAGCUCAGAAAGUAAAGACGUCAAUACAUACGACAAUAAAUGAAACAAACAGGUCAAAAAAGUGUCCGUGUUAUACUUUAAAGUAGAUUGAAAUACAUUAUAAAUGUAUGAACAUGUAUUUGAUAGUUAUCGGAGCUGAUUGUACAUAUUUGAUUUAUUUAACAGUGAACUAAAUGCAAAAUGUGAUUUUAUUCAAUAGUAAGC